CGCCGUACGUCCCCGCUCCGUGUGGAGGAAUGUGCGGAAACUUUUCUUUCUGCGUCGCUCGAUGAGGAGAAAAAGUCCAGAAUCCGAGACAAACUGGUCCAAAGUGUGUUAAAGUGCUGACGAUCUCAGACUCAGGUCGUCGGUGGAAGCUGAAGGCGUCAUGGCGGCUCAGACCGUGUUCUCCGUGGAGGUGUUUCCAGUGGGUGUUUCCCUGAUGGACGACGCUCCGAGCCUCAAUGACAUGCCCAGAAACACUCUGCCUGCCCCUCAGCUGGUGAUGCUCGCUAAUGUUGCUGCAGUAACAGCUGCGGAGAGCAUCGUCUGUGACAGCGGUGUGACAGAUGAGAAGGAAAUGAUGGAGCUGAAGACGGUCGGAUGCAACUACUCGGACAGCGAAGACGAGAACAUCAUCAGGUACAGCUACGACAACCAGAACCACAGAGAGGUCUGCAUCAUCGAGUACCCAGAAUCCCCUGGGUUCCAGACCGUGGUCGUAGGCCAACAGGAGGAUGACCAUGGAGACAAAAUCGAAGACCUGUCCCAAAACUCAAAUCUGUGCCCUGCAGCUGGCGGUUCAUCUCCUCAACAGGGUGUCAAACGUAAAGAAAGUCCCGCCUCCACAGCGCCACCAGAGGGUGCUAAGAAGAAGAAGCCAUUCCACUGCAAACCAUGCCACUUCCAGGCUCAGAACGAGCAGGAGUUUGUCCAACACCUGAGCACUCACGCCGUCAGCAAGAUGAUGGUGGUCAACAAGGUGGAGGGGCGGAGCAAAACCAAGGCCAAGGAGGCAGAGCCAUCAGACACCCAGACACCACCAGGACGAGUAGGAGCAGAGGCGGAGAGCAGUGGGGAGGCGGGGCCAGCAGGAGACAGCAAAGGACUGAUCAGAUGUGAACGAUGUGGAUACAACACAAACCGAUAUGACCAUUACAUCGCUCACCUGAAACACCACAGCAAGGAGGGAGAAGACCACAGGGUUUUCAAGUGCACUCUGUGUCCAUACACGACGGUCAGUCAGUAUCACUGGAGGAAACACCUGAGAAACCACUUCCCCAGUAAACUACACACCUGCAGUCAGUGUUCGUACUUCAGCGACCGCAAGAGCAACUACAUCCAACACAUCCGCACCCACACAGGUGUGCGUCCAUUCCAGUGUCCAUACUGUGACUACUCCAGUUCCCAGAAGACCCACCUGACCCGACACAUGAGGACUCACUCAGGUGAGCGACCCUUCAAAUGCGAGAGCUGCAACUACCUGGCAGCCAAUCAGCACGAAGUGACGCGCCAUGCUCGGCAAGUUCACAAUGGGCCAAAGCCUCUGGCCUGUCCGUACUGCGACUACAAAACGGCCGAUCGAAGCAACUUCAAGAAGCAUGUGGAGCUGCACCUUAACCCGCGGCAAUUCCUCUGUCCACUCUGCAAGUACGCUGCCUCCAAGAAGUGCAACCUGCAGUACCACAUCAAGUCCAGACACUCCGGCUGCAACGUGGCCCUCGACGUCUCCAAGGUGAAGCUGCGCAUCAAGAAACUCGGACCAGAGGGUGCCGAUGACAAAUCUGAGUCCCAGGGAAGCAAGUUGGAACAGUCAUCUGGAAUGGAGGAAGACUUUGACAUGGAUGACGUUGAUGAUGACGACGAAUCUGUGGAAAAGCAGGCGAGUCCAAUCAACCUGUCGAUCAGAAAGAGCAGCAGACCAAAUGUUCAGCUUGAUCAGAAUGAAAUGCCACAGAGGAAAACCAGCUCUGAGAAACAGCCAAAGGGGAAAGAGGAGGCAGAGAAAAAGGUCUCAAGACAGAAGAAGAUGGAGAAAGUUUCUGAGAGGUCUUCAGAGAAUACAGCUGUUAAACUGAACCAGAGUGAGAUAAAACCAGCAGCAACACAAACCGACCACAAGGUAAAAAGACGAGUUAAGAAACCACCAGCAGAGAAAACCUCAGCACUGGAACAAACAGAGGGAAAUGAACCUGAACAAGACAGAGCUGAGAUUGGCAAACCUGAAAAACACGAGCAACGGAAACCAGAGAAGAACCGAGCAGAGCAGCAGAAAGACAACGAGGUGGAGUCGCCGCUGAAAAAGGACGUCAACAACCUCAAUAAACCAAGAAAAUCUGGAUCAAAGAAGUCUGACAAAACCACCGAACACAUCAAAGAAGCUCCACAGAAACCAGAUAGUCCUGCGAAAGUUCAGAAGGAGAAGGUGGUGAAGGAGAAGGCUGCAAAAAGGAAGGCAGGGGAGGCUUUAGAUCUCUCCAAGAAGUCUGAGACUCCUUCAAAGACUAGACGGCUGAAGGCAGCCACUGCUAAGAAGAAUCCACCUUCAAAAGACACUGAAAUGACCAUUGAGUCGACAUCAGUGCCUGUAAAACAGAAGAAGACCAGGAACACCAGCAAGAAGGCCCCGGUUCAGCAACAAGUGGAGGCUCGGGUUGAAGAGGAAACACCAUCUGUAGAAGCUACAGGGCCUUUGAAUUCAGAGGAUCUGGAGGAGUCGGGUCAGUCUGGAGAUCCAAAACCGGAUCAUGAGGAAAUCGAAAUACCUCCAUCAGAACCUGAUCUGACUUUGAACAAGCUGGAGGAGAAUGUGAAGGUUCCAAGCAACCAAACACCUUCACCAGAACCUGAUCCAACUCUGAAGAAGCCCUCAGAGUAUGUGAAGGUUUCAGACGACCGAAUACUACAACCAGAACCAGAUCAGAUUCUGACCAAGCCCUCAGAUAAGGUGAGGGGUUCAGGUAACAAAACGCCACGACCAGAACCGAAUCAGAUUCUGAACAAGCCCUCAGAUAAGGUGAGGGGUUCAGGUAGCAAAACACCACGACCAGAACCGGAUCAGAUUCUGAACAAGCCCUCAGAUAAGGUAAGGGGUUCAGGCAAACAAACGCCACGACCAGAACUGGGUCAGAUUCUGAACAGCUCCCCAGAGAAGGUGAAGGGUUCAAGCAACCAAACAUCUCCACGUACUCCGGUGUUUGCCAAACCCAUGUCACCUCCUCCUCUGGUGCUUCCACGUCAGCAGAGUAAACCAAUGGAGCUGGAGGACGACGAGGGCAUCCACAGCAGCCACGAGGGAGGAAGUGACAUCAGCGACAGUGCCUCCGAGGGCAGCGACGACUCCGGCCUCAACAGCACCGGGUCUGGGAAGAUGUCGAAUGACCCAGAGACGCCGACAGACGAGCCUCCAACACCAACCGAACUCAAGAGUCACAUGUGCGUCUUCUGCGACCGUACAUUCCCUUUGAAGACAGAGUACCAACGCCACCUGAACCGCCACCUCGUCAACGUCUACUACAUGGACAACACCGCUACCAAGGCCCAGAAGUGAAGACUUGUGUCUGUAGAAGCCAUCCA